CUCGCAGGCCGCCGGCGGCGCAGGCCGCACCGAGGCCGCAGCGAUGACGUCGGGCUAGCCACCAAAAUUAAUCGUCAAACAUGAUCCGUCCCUGCACCACGCCGCGCCGGCCUCGAAAUUGACGGCUCCACCUUGUCUGCAGCACGGCUCACCGGCUGAGCUGGCCACGGGAACGCCGUCAUGGCGGAUGGUCAACGGAGGUUUGCGACUCAGAGGGCUGCCUACGAGGCCAACCUUGUGAUGUACCCGAGGCCCCCCGGUCAGCCGCCCCCGAUUCCGAUGCACAAGUCGGAGUCUGCGCUCUCGCUGAGCGUCAGCCGGCCUCUGCCGCCGCACCUGCAACAGCGCCGCGGCACCGUCUGUACCAGCGAGGUGGUGCGCAUCGAGUCGAACACCACGAUGCCUGGUCGUGGGCAUCCGCCCAUGGCGGGGCCCCCCAUGACGGGACCCCACAUGCGACGCUCCUACAUGGUCACCUCGUUCGCCGAACCCCCCAGCAGCGUCGCCGCUCAGGGCAAUUUCGGGCCUUGUCCCCAAUACGGUCGACCGUACAGUCCUCCCCCCUUACCACCUCCGGGAGCGCGGCGCUCGGCGAGCGGCCGGCGGUCUCCGGUUCGCAGACCCCGGCGCGCCUACGACGACAACGAGGAUGACUACGGUGGCGGGCGCAGGAAUGGCGGCUACGACGACGACGACGACGACUUCGAGUACACCGAGCGCAGCCGAAGGCAGCUCCCCUCUGCGCGGAGAUCCCGCUCCCGGAAGGAUGCGGCAGGGCCAGCCAGGUCGACGAUGAGCCGGUCGGGCAGCCGUCUACGGAUGCUGCGAAUCGAUCGCGAAAUCAGCGACACCGGCUCAACGCGGCGGGGCGCCUCCUCUACGGUGGCCAGCCGGAUUCAACUGGACGACGCGGAGGCGGCCGGCAGCUGCGUGUGCAUCUGCGGCACGUCGCGCAGUCCGUCGCGGGGUCGCAUGUCGGGCAUCUACAUCAAGCCGAGGCGUGAGCCAGAGGCCGAGGAGCUGUACGUCAUCAAGAGGAUCAGGGACAAGAAGAAGAGGAGGAAGAAGAAGAAGAAGAAGCCCCCGCCGCCGCCACCCCCUCCCCCGCCGCCAGCGCAGCAGCCGGGCCUCGUGGGCUACAUCUGCAACCUGGUGGGCAUCGCGAACGAAGAAGCGCCGCAGCCGCCCCCGCAGCCGUCUCCGCAGGCCGCCGCCACGGACUCGGACACGGACGACGAGGAGGAGUACGAGCUGAGGAGGCUCGACCGCGCCGAGUUGGAGAAGCUGUGUCGCCAGAUGGGCGUCACAAAAGGCGCCGACGAGCCGGAGAAGAAAUGACCUGCCGCACUCGACUGACCACGGGCGGGCGGCUGAAUUCAGGAUGCGGCAAAUUCAUGGAAAGUUACAACUCGAGAUGCUGGGCCUCUUAUCCAUGGCUCCGAAGUUCUGUGAAUGACGGAAACAAUACAUGGAAGGCGACAAAUACGCUGGAUACCUAAAUAACAGUCAAAGAAAGGCAGCUCGA